AUGCGCAGUACUACAAUUGUUCCACCUUUCUAUGACUCAGAGCCUGGUGCUCCGCCACCUCUUCCCCCAAUGCUCACAGACCAGCUGGAGCUUAUCAUUCCCACUGCAAGGGCUUCAUUGUCUACACCUGCCCCUGAAUUCAAGCUUGCGAAGCAGAUGCGCAAGCAUUCUGAUCGCUCUUCCUCUCCAUACACCAAGAAAGUCACUUCCACGCACUCCCAUUCUCAAAUGCCUUCACCCUCAGAUUCCUCAGGCUCUUUGGAUUCUUUCUCAGAUAGCAACUCCUCAACUUCGAGUGUGAGUUUAUCAGAAGACUCAAAGAUUCCUAAACCUGCCGAUUGGAAUCCAAAGGCAUAUGCAAAAUUCAAGAGGUCUAUGCAUAGUCUCAUUGAGGACCACCUUGACACAACAAAAUGCGCUUCUGCCCAAAGUCCCAUGCUAUUGGACGUCGUGCGUGGCAAGGCACUCGACAACUUCCCAGACCUUGAUAAUUAUAACAACUUGUGGCCAGUCAACGAUUUGAUCAUGACACUGCCUGAAAUACACGUCUGGUCGCAUGAGACAAAAGGUGGGAGAAAUGGCUGUAGGCAAGAGCAAGAGCAAGGUCAGGAAGUGAUACCCCCACUGCAUUAG